AUGGUUGCAAAACUAAACUACAACCGCAACUUAGAGCAUAGAAAUGUGGGGUCGUCGAACGGCGUCGGCGUCCGGGCCGGGAGGGGUGACGGUUUGGGCGCGUUAUCGAUCGGAUGGCAUACCUUCCUGCGGCCACAGCAGAGCAUCCUCCGAGCGCGCGACUGUCCGCCCGGCGAAGACUUCAACCUGGCCAGCUUGCGCCACUGCAUGAGGACAGUUAGCGCGGCGAGAGCACCCGCGGCACCGCUCGAUGCUCGCGCAUCGCGUACGGGAUGUACGCGGCCGGAGCGCGCGAGCCUUCCUCGCGGAGUGCCGCUGCCCAGCCCGCGCCUGCGC